AGCAUUUGAUACUAUCUCUUAUCUUGUUUAGGUUUGCUGUAAAACUUUAAACUCACACCCAAGAACUUGAUUCUUGUUUUGUACUCUUUCUAAGGGCACCACAAUCUUGGAGUAUCUCAAACAGGGGUUGUCUCCAUUUUCCUUCCAUUUAUUAAUUCUCUAAUUAUUGCAUCUCUGAUCCUAACAACUUGAUGCUAUCCAAUGGGGUUGUGUCAGUUUCCUUCAUUUUAAAUUCAAAACUAUUGACCCUCUGAUCUCACAAGCUUACAUUCAUCUGGCUUCUUGCCUGUGACUUUGCUCUCUCACACUCUUUAAAAGCGAAUCUACUUUUUCCUAUUUGUUAGUCUCCUCUGAGCUACUGGUUUAAGUUCCCUUGUCAAGUCUUGCAAAGUACCCCAAACCAAGUUCUGAGGGUUGAACUAGAGGAAUGGGUGGUGAGAGUAAUGAAAGUGAGAUGGUGUUUAAACAUGGAGAUGGUGAAAGUAGGAUCUCUACAUCAUUGCCCUUGUAUGCAAAGCCAGAUCAUUUCUUCUCUUCUGUAGAUUGGGAUCCAGUUGUCAAUGGUAGUGGUUUCUCAAGCUCACACUACACUUCGUUGGGGUUGGACAAUCCAGGGAUGAGUUGCUUCCCUCAUUACCAGCCUGGUUCUGGUUAUCCAGACAUGCCUGUGAGUCUUCUUCCUUUUGGUGAUUGUGGAGGUGGUGGUCAUUUUCUUGGUUCAGACAAGAAAGGAGAAAGUAUUGGAAGAUUGAUUAGAGCUGGAGAGUCUCAUGAGGAUCUUCAUCAGCUUUCAGAUGAUGUUGUUCUUGGUGGUGCUUCCCCAAAUAGAAAAAGAAAGCAACUCGAAGCUGAAUCAUCACAACGGAACAAGAAAGCUGUGGAGGAAAUUCAAGAAGACCCUCAAAGGGAAAGUGAUCAGAGCCAGAAGAAACACAAAAAUGAUCAGAAUAAAGACAAGGAGAGCUCACAGAGUGAAGAAGCACCAAAACAAAACUACAUUCAUAUGAGGGCAAGAAGAGGCCAAGCUACUAAUAGUCACAGUCUUGCAGAGAGGGUCAGAAGAGAAAAGAUCAGUGAAAGGAUGAGAUUGCUUCAAGAGCUUGUUCCAGGGUGCAACAAGAUCACCGGUAAAGCGGUUAUGCUCGAUGAGAUUAUCAACUAUGUUCAGUCAUUGCAACAACAAGUUGAGUUUUUGUCUAUGAAACUCGCUACGGUGAAUCCUGAAAUCAACAUGGACAUAAACAGGACACUUGCCAAAGAUUUUUUGCAAUCUAGAGACAGAAGCAAUCCUUUCACAGGUCAUCAAGGGAGGAUACCGAACAUUUCUUCCGCUACAAAUACACAAUACCACCCAUUACCUCAGACAACAUUAGAGAGUGAACUACAAAGCCUCUACCAAAUGGGGUUCGUCUCAAAUCCAUCGACUAUGUCUACUUUUUCACCUAAUAAUGGUCAAUUGAAACCAGAGCUCUAGUACUUUCAAGGAUGAGUUCAAAGGAAAAUUUGCAGAGAGAGUUUGUAUAGAAGAAAGUCUUUGGUCCUAAGUAUCAUAUCUAUUCUUCCAUGUUUUUUUUUUUGCUCAACGAAGAAUGGGUUUAUUAAAAACGGAAUCAUAAUACAUAGUUUUAUGAUCAAUAAUUUUUAUAUCUUAUAUUUAUUUACUGAAAAUAAAACAUUAAAAUCCCA